AUGGAGGCUGCUGCGGGUGUGAGCGCCGGCAGUGAUGGCGGGAGGCGCCCGCUGCGGGUGUUCUUCCUGCCCUUCUUCGCGCGGGGGCACCUCAUCCCGAUGACCGACCUGGCGUGCCGCAUGGCCGCGGCGCGGCCGGCGGAGGUGGAGGCCACGAUGGUGGUGACGCCGGCCAACGCGACGCUGAUCGCCACCACGGUCACGCGCGCCGUGGACGCGGGGCACGCGGUGCGCCUGCUCCGCUACCCGUUCCCGGACGUCGGCCUCGAGAGCGGGGUGGAGUGCCUCGGCACCGUCGCCCAACACGACGCCUGGCGGGUGUUCCGCGCCGUCGACCUUUCGCAGCCGAUUCACGAGAAGCUGCUCCUGGAGCACCGCCCCGACGCCGUUGUCGCCGAUGUGCCCUUCUGGUGGGUCACGGACAUCGCCGCCAAGAUCGGCGUCCCGCGCCUCACGUUCCACCCCGUCGGCAUCUUCGCUCAACUCGCCAUGAACAACCUCUACGCCAUCCGCUCGGACAUAAUCCGGGACGGCGUUGCCGCCCCGUCAGUCAUCGUGCCGGGGAUGCCAGGGAAGGAGAUCGCCAUCCCGCCGUCGGAGCUCCCGGAGUUCCUCCUCCAGGACGCCGUUCUUUCUAUGGAGUGGGACAACAUCAAGGCGGCCCAGCUCGCCGGCUUCGGAGUGAUCGUGAACACCUUCGCCGACCUCGAAAAACCGUACUGCGACGAGUACAGACGCGUCGACGCGCGCCGCGCCUACUUCGUCGGCCCCGUCAGCCUGCCGUUGGACUCCGCCGUGCACCGGGGCGGCGAUGGCAACGUGGACUGUCUAGAGUGGCUAUCGACCAAGCCGAGCCGAUCGGUGGUGUACGCCUGCUUCGGGAGCUGGGCUUGCUUCUCAACGCGCCAGAUCCGCGAGCUCGCGCUGGGGCUGGAGGCCUCGAACAAGCCAUUCCUGUGGGUGGUCCGCUCCGAGGACUCCGACGGCCUGUGGGCGCCGGAGGGAUGGGAGCAGCGCGUUGCCGACCGCGGCAUGGUCGUCCGAGGGUGGGCACCGCAGCUGGCGGUGCUGGCCCACCCAUCGGUGGGCGCGUUCCUGACGCACUGCGGGUGGAACUCGGUGCUGGAGGCUGCGUCGGCAGGCUUGCCGGUGCUGACGUGGCCGCUGGUGUUCGAGCAGUUCAUCAACGAGCGGCUGGUCACCGAGGUGGCGACGUUCGGCGCGCGCUUGUGGGACGGCGGCAAGCGCAACGUGAGAGUGGAGGACGCGGACACCGUGCCAGCAGAGGCGAUCGGUCGGGCGGUGGCCGGGUUCAUGGAGGGCGGAGAGCGGUGGGAGAAGAUGAGGGCAAGAGCAUGGGAGCUGGCUGAGAGGGCGCGUGCCGCGGUCAGCGAGAAUGGGUCGUCGUGGCGCGAUUUACACCGCGUGAUCGACGAUCUGACUGAGGCUAAUGCCUCGAGGGUUCACAGCAACGGGGACUCAUAGCCUCACGCUCAGUGUAAUUUAGUUUCAUGAUGAGGAUUUGUUUUUGUUUUCUUUCACUAGGAAAAGUGCCUGUUGUAAGGGGAGAAAAUUAUAUUAAAGGGAAUAGGUGUUCCUAGUCCGAAUUUGCUAUUUUAUAUUAGAUGUGAAAUAGUUAACUCACAUCCAAAUCUACAACCAUUAGAUAGAACUUUUAGAUUCGUGCUAUUUCCUCAGGCCGAUGCCGUCAACCCAGCUGGCUCGUGUUUUAUCUUUUGUUGUGUUGUCAGCCACGGGCUUUGUGUCUUUUUUUAUACUAGCAAAAGGACCCGUGUGUUGUAACGGGAAAAAAAUAUAGCA